AUGUCCACGGUUUUCGAAGUCCCCGCAAUGGCAAAGGAGUUGGUGCAAACCGCCUCGGAAGCGUGCGUCUUCGUUUUCAGCGGUGAGGGCGCCCAUGGUACAGACACGGACAUCUCCGUCCUGAAGCUCAGCCCAUCCUGGCCUGCUGUGCAGCAAGCUCUGCGUGAGGUCGGGCAGGUGGAUCCCGAGGCAUUCCUGCAAGAGAACCUCGGAGAACACACUGCUCCGAACUCGCCCCUGGUCACG